GUUUUGGAAAGAAAAGCAACUAUGUCGGAGGAAAUAGCCUCAACAACUUCAGCCCAUUCGCAACAAUUCUCAACAAAUAAUACCUAGUACUCAUAAUUACCGGUCAUAAUUACUGAUCAAAAUGGUCAAGGUGGCAAUCGCGGCUGCUUCAAGCCAGCUAGCAAAGGAAGUCAUCGACAAGCUUGUUGAGGCUAAAAAGCAUGAGAUAAUUGGCUUAGUCCGAAAGGAUCCCGCCCAAUAUCCACCUAUUGCUGGAGUUAAAUAUGUGCAAACGAAAUAUGACAAAAAGGAGCUUGUCGACAUUCUCAAAGGCGUAGAAACAGUUUUGUGCUUCUUACCUGUUCAUUCCGACCCGGGAAGUGUAAUACAGAAGCGACUUAUCGAUGCCUCCAUUGAAUCCGGUGUCAAGCGCAUCGCUCCAUCUGAAUGGGCAACUGGCGUGAAGUUGGAGGACUCGCUUGAUGUGAUCCCGUGGUAUGCGGGCAAGGUUGAUGUCGCUCGCUAUCUAGAGGAAGUCAACAAGGAGAAGAAGGUGAUUGAAUACACCAGAUUCCAAGUUGGCUCUUUCAUGAACUACCUCAGCCACCCACAGGGGGGCACGAAACAUGUCUCCACGCUACCCUUCUUGUUCUUGUUCGAGAAACAACAAGCUUCCGCGAUUGAAGGAGCUCUUGACGAUGCCGUUUCCUGGAUAACCGUUCAAGAUAUCGCCGGGGUGGUUGCCCGCGCGGUUGAGUAUGAAGGCGAAUGGCCAGCCAUCGGCGGUAUGGUCGGAACCCGAGUCACUGUUGCGGAAAUGCUUAAACUAGGAGAGUCCAUUGGGAGACCAUUCACGGUCAAAUGGCUCAAACUAGAAGACCUUGAAGCCAAGGCCAAAGGAGUGCCGCCGGCUAUGAAUGAGAGUUUCGACAUCCACAAUUCUGCGCCGGAGGAUGUUGAGGCGUUCUUGGAAUAUGCGACCGAGAGCCUUCUGCAGGGGAUCCAUCGUGGCGCAUACGAUGUAACGGACGAGUGGAAUAAGCUCCUGCCGGACUACAAGUUUACGCAGGUGGGGGAUUACAUUAAGAAAUAUUGGGGGCCAAAGUGACAGCUCGCAUUACACUACAUAUACAUGCACAAGAGGAUUUUCGGGUGUCGUCUCUAGCUGCCUAGGUAGGUAGAUUUGAAUUGAAGGAAUUACUGCCUAGGUACCUAACUACUAGCCUAUUAGGUAGUAGGAGCUGCGC